CCGCGACUCAGUUGCCGACUGAAGCCCAACUUGGCUGAAAGUGCGCGCGUUUUACUCGGUGCUCAGGAUCGCGACUGUUCCACGCGCUACGAGGUUUUCGAGGCGACCACCCCGCGUGAUUUUUCCGUUGCUCUUGAAACCCAUCGCCCACCCUUCGUUAGGCCGUUUCUUCUGCAUCAUUCAAUAUUCUCGAAUUUUUCAUCACCGGCAUAUAUUUAAAAAAUCAAAUUUUGCUUCGAAAAAGUCUUCGACUCCCUGAAAUGAAAGCUCGGAAUUAUUUCAAGCGCUUUUUACGAAAGUUUCGGUGACGUGGGAAAAUUUUCACACGACGAGGUCAAGCUUAAAAAUAACCGAUACCCGGAAAGGAAAAAGAAUUGUCAGUCUUGAAAAGUAGCUGUCACGCCAGGAUUGUAAUUAAAAUGCGCACCUGUUUUUGAACUUAAGGUGGUCACGCAAAGUCAGCCUCACAAGUAGAUAAUGUCGAUUUUCAACAUCGUUAAAAAAAUAAAAGCAUUUUAAUGACGGGAACUUAAAGAAGACCGGUGAAAUGCUCACAUAUUAGAAAGAAACUUUACAUACCCUUUUAACGGUCACAACUCGUCCCGAGUCCACUUUCCCGGCGCGAAAACUUAGCUCUUCCAACUUGCUUGCCUUUCUUUGUGCGCGGGGGGGCCGAGAAAAAGUUUGAUUAGACUGGACCCGAACGUGUAUAAUUUGCCUUUGAGAGCCGAAGGCACGCUGUCGAGUUAAACGGUAUAAAUUCCAGUGCGGUACCUUUGAAGGCUCAUUCGAACCCGGCGAAUUUUAUCGUGAAAUCCGGCAACUCUGGACUAGAAGAAGCGAGCGCCACCGCAACUUUCCCGAACCAAAGCUCGCCCGAGCUCCGAGGGGCGAUUGAAAGUUUUUAACGGCUCGGGAUGGCGCGGAUAAGACCGAUUCACAUGUGCAGCGUCGCGUUUUAUUUUAAGGAUUGCCAGCUUGCCCGCUACGAGCUACUAAUAGGAUCAAUCUUAAGAUUUGGAGAAAAAAAGCGAUGGGGUGUCUAAGGAGAUGAAAUCUCAUUAUGAGACGUCUGCGGCGUUGCUGCUCUUGAAGUGCAUUAUCCUAAUGGCAGUGGACGCCGUAAAUCCAGGUUGCGACUGUCUGGUUUUCUCGGCCACAUAUGGGAAAGAAUACGGAGUUUUCAGCAGUCAAGAUUACCCGAAACCGUACCCCUCACAUGUUGACUGCCUUCUAUACACAUUCGUCGCUCACAAAGACGAGAUAGUUGAAAUAACUUUCAAGGAUUUUGACAUCUACAAAUCUCAUCUUGACUGCCUGAAGGGCGACUACUUGAAAGUUUUCUUGCACCUGGAGAAAGGAGAGGUGAACGAGCUGAGCCCUUGGUCGCGGGUGCUGUGCGGGAGUCUGCAGGACAUCCCGCCGGUCCUCUACAGCUCGGGCCCGGCCCUCAUUCUCGAGCUCCACUCCCAGAGCAACCUCAACAACGCCACCGGUUUCGUAGGAUCUUUCCGCUUCAUCGACAAACGGAGCUUCCAGACGGACGGGCAGCGUCUGACGGGAACCGACUGCGAUUAUCAGCUAAUAAGCAAUAAUUUAACGCGCUCCAGAGGCCGCUUCUUCUCACCUCGCUACCCCUCCAAUUAUCCGCAACAUAUCAAGUGCACCUAUAAACUCCGCGCUAGGAGCAGAGAACGGGUCAGGGUGUUAUUCGAAGAGGUCAUGCUCGAAAAAGGCGACGUGAGUUGUCUGAACCGGGCUGACGUGAUCAAAGUAUACGACGGGAGGAGCAACCUGGCGCCGACGAUAGCCAUGCUCUGCAACGAGGUGACAGAGCAAGAGGUCCUGUCCACCGGCUCCGACAUGUACAUCGAAUUCAUAUCAAACUCCGACCUCCCAGGUCAAGGUUUCAAGGCCCUCUUCCAGUUUCAGCCGGUUGCAACCUUGACCACGACCAGCGAUAGGUUGCACUCUAUCGAGACUGAAAAAAGUACCUUAGCAACAGGACCUGUCACGCAUAUUAAAAAAAUGCCUGAUACGGGAUCACCUGCAACUACAAUUACAAACUGUGAUAUGGUUAUUUAUAGUGAUAAUUCUAAAAAUGGAACAAUAUCAUCGCCCGGAUAUCCUGAGCCCUAUCCCGCUCAUUCCUAUUGCCGACUCGACUUCCAGGGACGAGGCAAAGAAAGGGUUCAAAUAAUUUUUAGAGACUUUGAUUUGUUUAAUCCAAAUGAUGAUGCCAAAGAGUGCAUCGAUGCCUUAUUAGUUUAUGUUCAAAUUGACGGUCGACUGGAGAGGGUGGACAACCAUUGUGGCCAGACAUUGCCCAGGCCGAUCAUGAGUAACGGGCCAGGACUCAUGCUCGAGUUCAAAGGAGUUUACUCGUCCCGCAAUUCUAGGGGCUACUUAGCCGAAUACUCCUUCAUCGAAAAUUAUGGUAUUCAUAGCGGGGAACAAAUUGCAAACCUACCUUGCGCCUUCACGUUCAACGGCACAAUGCAACGUUCUGGAGUUCUGUACAGUCCAAAUUUUCCUGGAUACUACCCGCGCGAUACAGAGUGUCAUUAUUUCUUCCAGGGAAUAAAUGAUGAUACCAUACACAUUAAAUUUCAUCAUUUUGACGUAGAAGGCGUACCUCCUUGCGAGGCGAUAUCAGCUAGUGAUUACGUAGAAUUUUCCAAUUUCAUGGCCAGAGACCGCCGAUACGAGCGGUAUUGCGGCCAGAAAGAGGCGUUCGAAAUUAAAUCAGAUAGGAAAUUUUUUAGAAUAACCUUCAGAUCCAACGAUCGACUCGACGGGACCGGGUUUAACGCUUCGUAUCGUUUCGUCCGCAAAAUGGAGCAAUCUGUGUCUUCACAACCUGUAGCUAAAGCCAAUCAUUCAGGUGUUGUCCAUAAUUCUGUCUUCCUAAUACUUCUUCUACUUUUGGUGGUGGUCAAGUUAUGAUGACAUGCUCUCCUCAAAAAUCAUCCCAAUGCUCAAUCCACGGACGCAUUUAAACUCUCUUUAUGGAGUGAAUGCUACAGCCGCCUUACAACGCUUCUCUCAUUUGGUGGAGGAGUUCGUUGGACAUUUCAUCGAAUCUUAUAUCAUUCAUAUUUCUACUUUGUGCCAUUUCGCCGAUCAUCAUUAGAUUAGAAUUUUAAUAACACGCAUUUGUGUUUGUAAUAAUUUUGUUUUCUUUCCAG